UGCCCGGGCGACUCGGGGGCCCCUGUAGUACGCGCUCACGUGCACGCCGGGGACACGGUGGGCUGCGUGGCAGCCUGGCAGGUCCUGGUGCGGAGCUCGCGAGUCGCACUGUAGUCGCACUAGGGCAGCCCGUCACUGACAGUGGCACUAUCAUCUACUAGUACUUACCAUGUCCAAGUUUCAGACCCCCGCGCGCGGCCUCUCCUCCCUCUGCAUCCUACAUUUGCCUUGGCGUACGUGCUCCUCUCUGAGUCACUCGCAUAACUAUGGCUCCGCAUUACGGUCAGGCGAGCGAGAGGCGAGGGCGGCGAUACAGAGGAGCCAGAGAUUGUACUAUGCAAAGGAUUGCGACUCUGAUGCGCCGCGGAGCGAUGCGCUGGGACCAGCAUCCGAGUCACCGACCGGCUGGUAGGCCAACUACCAACGACGCAGGAGAACGGAAUCAGUGCUGGGCAUCACUGAGGAGAUGCGGAUGCUUACCGCGCCGCCACGCUGCGGAGCGGCGCGACCCACUGGAGGGCCGCGACGUAGGUCGCCCACACGAGGAUGAUGCAGCGGAACAUCGACUCGGAUGCGUCGUUAUGUCGUUAUGGAAUGCACGGGAGGGAAGAAAGGGACGCGCGGCGGCCACUGGCCGCUGGAUGGGUACCGACUCGGGGGGUGGGUGGGUGG